AUGGACGAGAAUGGCGACCUCAUCGACCCGGCUAGCACUUCGGCGCCGGAUCUCCAGAUCCUUGGCGACGAGAUCACCCUGCAGCCUAGCGGCUUCGUCGAGCAGAAGACGACCUCGGCCGAGCACGAGCAGGCGCUGAUGAACCAGUUUGCUUCCUUCCGUGCCGAACCCCUCCAGUUCCUCCGCGAAGUCUCCCUCUACGUAUCUGGCAAAGGAUGGCGCGCCUACGACAGCGUCAUCGGCCAGCCCGUCUUCUACCCCGGGUUCUCGGACCACAUGAAGAGCAUGGUCAUGGCGGCGCCUCUGCUACAAAAAAGAAUCGCGCAGCUGGCGGAGAGCAGGGUGCAGGUGGAGGAGAAGGAGGGUCUGAUCAACAAGGCGGCAGAAGACCACGCCAUGGGGAGGGCGCAAAGGAAGAGCCAACUGGAGGGUGCCCUGCAAGAGGUCGCGGAGAAGCUGACAGAUGACAUGAUCUGCAAGAUGGAGAGCAAGCCGUUCAUCAGAAGCGCGUACUACCUGUGCACGCAGCUCCUCACGCGGGCGUACCAUCAGGGGAUCCACGUCUCGAGCGAGGAGAUUCUGCGGUUGCGAAAGGUGGCCGACAUGGCCGCCAAGAAGAAGCAGAGUAUCGUCUUCCUGCCGAGUCAUCGCUCCCACGUGGAUUACGUCUCCUUGCAACUCAUCUGCUACCGCCUGGGCUUGACCCUCCCCGUCGUCGUCGCUGGCGAUAAUCUCAAUAUCCCUGCCCUGGGUAGCUUCCUCCAGCACGCAGGUGCCAUGUGGAUCAGGAGGUCAUUCGGCGACGAUGCGCUGUACGGAACGCUGGUGCAGGCUUACAUUGACACGAUGCUGCAAGAGGGUUUCAACCUCGAGUGCUUCAUUGAGGGAGGUCGGUCACGUACAGGCAAGCUGCUGCCUCCCAAGUUUGGUAUCCUGAGUUUCGUCCUCGACAGCAUUCUGUCAGGUCGAGUGGAGGAUACCAUCAUUUGCCCGGUCAGCACGCAGUACGACAAGGUCAUCGAGACGGAAGGCUACGUCACCGAGUUGCUCGGCGUGCCGAAGAAGAAGGAAAACCUGGCAGACUUCCUAAGCAGCGGAUCGUCUGUCUUGUCACUGAAGCUCGGUCGGGUCGACGUGCGCUUCAACAAGCCGUGGAGUCUGAGAAUGUUCCUCGAGACGCAGCUGUCGAGACUGCCCAAGGUGCCCGCAGGCCUCUCCACGAACCACCACAACCCGGAAGUGCGAGCCAUCCGUGAGAAGCUGCUGAGAAUAUUGGGCUACAAGGUCCUCGGGGACAUCAACCAGGUAUCGGUGGUCAUGCCCACCGCGCUCAUCGGCACCAUCCUCCUUACCCUACGCGGGCGCGGUGUCGGCAAGGACGAGCUCAUUCGCCGCGUCGAGUGGCUCACCAAACGCGUCCGUGCCAAGGGUGGUCGCGUUGCUCAUUUUGGCAAUGCACCGCUGUCGGAAAUUGUCGAUCGCGGCCUAGAGGUACUCGGCAAAGACCUCGUGGGUGUUGUCGAGGGACUCCCGGAGCCGACGUACUAUGCCGUCGACCGCUUCCAACUCUCAUUCUACCGCAACAUGACAAUCCACCUGUUCAUCUACGAGGCGCUCGUCAGUGCGGCUAUGUACAUGCGCGUAAAGGUGGGCGGCGGGCCGUCGAUGCAAGAUAUCUCGCACGAAGAGCUGCGCGACCAGGUCUUUUUCCUGUCGACCCUCUUCCGAGGUGAAUUCAUCUUUGGCAAUGAGGGUCUCGAUGCCAAUCUGGACAAGACCAUCAAAGGCCUCGAGGCGGACCACGUCAUCCAUGUGCAUCGUGAUGAGAGUGGAAAGGUCGUCAAGAUUGGGCUGUCGGACGAGGAGAGGAAUGUUGGACGGGAGAACUACGACUUUUACUGUUUCCUGAUAUGGCCUUUCAUCGAGGCCAGUUGGCUGGCUGCCGUGUCCCUGAUGGGCUUGACACCGCCGAGCAAGGAGCACGAGGAUACCUGGAUCGAGCUAAACAAGGCGCAAAAUACAGCGCAAUUACUCGGCAAGACACUCUACCAUCAAGGCGAUCUCUCGUACUUUGAAGCCGUCAACAAGGAGACCCUGCGCAACUCGUACCUCCGCUUCGAGCAAGAGACAAUGGUCCACGUCGUCAAAUCCAAGGAUCCCAAGGUGCCCCCGCGCAUCCAGCUUGAUCCGUCGUGGCGGCCGCCCCGUGACCCCGAGACAAACGCUCUCCUGGCGGAGGGCAAACUCUGGGACUUUACCGAGCAGAUUGCCAAAUCGCGGCGCGAGGGCAAGAACAGGAGAGACGGCGCGACGGUCAGCUCGAGGGUCCUGCGCCUGUCGGAUGAACUGGGUCGCGCGCUGUUUGAAGAGGCAGUAGGCCAGGACAAGGUGCCCAGUCGUCUCACUGCGGAGGAGAGCGAUACAGUACGGCGAGCGCGGAGAGCGGCACGUAGCAGGGGCAAGCUAGACGCGCGAGCCGUGUUGUAG